AUGGACGAAAUACCUGAAUUAGUGGUUGAUUUGGAUGAAAUUUCAGAAACAAUUUCUACUCCACAAUCCAUAUCAUCUAGUACUACAGCAGCAGACUCGGAGAACGAUGCUGAGACAAAAAGAAAGAUUCCCAUCACAAUUAUUACAGGCUAUUUGGGUUCAGGCAAGUCGACACUCUUGGAACUGAUAGGAAAAAGAUCAAAAAAGAGGUUAGCUAUCAUAUUGAAUGAGUUUGGUGAUUCCUCGGUGAUUGAAAAAUCCAUCACCAUUAAAGACGCAGAAAAGAACGAGUCGAUCCAGGAAUGGUUGGAUUUGGGCAACGGCUGCUUGUGCUGCACCGUUAAGGAUAACGGCGUUGUAGCCAUUGAACAGUUGAUAGAAAACUCCAGAGACAAGAUCGAUUACAUAUUGUUGGAAACUACAGGCAUCGCUGAUCCUGCACCUAUUGCGAAGAUGUUCUGGAUAGACCAGGGGCUUUCCUCCAAUAUCUAUAUAGACGGAGUAAUCACAGUGGUAGACUCGGAACAUAUUGUUCGUUGCUUAGAUGAUGUAGGUGGUCAUUGGCACCGGGAGCACAAGCAUUUACUUGAGGCCCAGACAUCCAAUAAGGAGGACUUAACCGAAGAGGAAAUCGCAGCAGAGGCUAGUAAGCUUAACGAAGGCAUAACCACAGCUCAUUUGCAAAUUGCAUUGGCUGACACGAUUUUGGUGAACAAGAUUGAUAGACUAGAACAUAGUGAUGUCGACCUCGAACAGAUCACCAAGCGUAUCAGAGACAUCAAUCUCAGCUCACCUAUACACACUACUAGUUUUGGCGAUAUCGAUCUAGACAAGAUCCUUGAUCUCCAUGCUUUUGAGCCGAACGUAGAGAAAUUGCAAAAGUCCAUAAAUGUAAAGGACAUGGCCACAUUUCACGAUAGCAGAAUUACUACUGUGACGUUGGAUUUUGAAUUUUUCGUAUCUGACAACCAGUUUGACCAGAUCGAGUCCUUCUUCCAGCAUGUUCUUUGGGAGAAGCUUAUCAACUCCAAAGAGAUAGAAAUCCACAGAAUGAAGGGAUUAUUGGUGAAGAAGAAUGGAGAUGAAUUACCAGACGUGAGGGUUGUUCAGGGUGUAAGGGACACGUACGAUAUCAUAAGCGGUGGAGUGUUGAUAGAGGGAGUUGAGAAUAACAAGUUGGUUUUUAUAGGCAAAAAUCUUGACAAGGAUGACUUGUUGGUAGAGUUGAAGAGUUUCUUGAGGUAG